AACUUCAGUUGCAAGCGAAAGCUCAGCGUGUGUGCCUCGUGUGUCUCUAUCGUGUCGCAAAAUCAACAAAACAUCGACAUCGACAUCGACAUCGACAUUAGCAUCAUCUUCGGUGGCACAGCCAGUUUCAUUGAACAGUAGUCAAUCAGUGGAAACCAGCAGUCGGUGCGUCUGCGUCGCGUGUGCUACACUUGCCACUUGCCAUUCCGGCUUUGGUUUUGGCUUUGGCUUUGGCUCUGACUUUGACUUUGUCCAAAACUCGAGCGGGUUUUCGAGCCACGCCGCGCAUUUGCUUUGGAGUUGGAUUGUUUCCUUUUGUCACGUGCUCGGUGUUUUCUUUGUUUUUUGUUGCUGUGCUGCAUUCAGUGGAGUGGUAACGCAGUGGCAGAAGAGAGGCCUGCCUGCCACCAACUUGCAACAUUUGGCGUCGUCUCCGCCGCUUGGACUUGGUCUGACUGUGGCACAAACCCAAAAACUUUCUACUUGCAACUGGUAGCCGGCCAAAAAGAAAGGAAACAGAACGAAGCCAAAGACAAGCAAGCACGCGGCAACAACAGCAGUGUGGCAAAGUGUUGCAUACUUGCCAGCCACUCACCCAAAUAGGAAAGGAGUGAAAACGGAUAUAGUACAUAUACAGAUAUAGUAUAUCCGCACACAUAUCUGGAGAUUGAAAGAGCGAACAGAAGGAGGAAACGACCGGCAACAUGCUGUCGUCAGCAAUAAAUAAAACAGCACGAAAUGCUGCCAAUACGUUCCAUUUGCUGGCCAUCCUUCUCUAUUUCUGCUCUCUAGUGCAGGGACAGCAGCAGCAGCAACAGCAGCAGCAGCAGCAUCAGUUGAAGUACCAGCAAUUGCAAUAUCAGAUGCAGCAGCAAUAUGAAUACCAGCAGCAGCAGCACUACCAGCAGCAGUUCCAACAGAAGCAGCAGCAGCAGCAGCAACAGCAGCAACAGCAGCAACAUCCACUGACAUCCACUGCAGGACUCGCCCAUCAGCAGCACGAUGAAACAAUCGAUUUGCUGUCCACGCAGCCCACACAGCUGCUGCAAACAGGCGUUUCACUGAUUGUGGAGGAUGGCAAGGGCUCUGCUGGGAGCGAUGGCAACGAUGGGAACGAUGGGAACGAUGGGAACGGAAACGCCAAUGGAAGUCGUCGUCGCACUGCCCAAGUGGGCAUGCGGAAGCGAAAGCGUCGACCCCAAUUGCCGAUGGCCCCCAUGGGGGCCACCGAGGAUGACACGGGAGCCGGCUCUGGCUCUGGCUCUGGCUUUGGCUCGGGUGCGGAUUCGAGUUCGAGUUCGAGUUCGGCCUACUGGCGUGGACAUGUCGAGGACGAUGCGGAGGCUCUCAGGAGGCGCAAGCAGCCUCUAGUCAGGGAGCCAAUGGCUGCCCUGGAACGGGAGAGGGACAAGCAGCGACAGCGGCAGGAGCCCACCCACAGCAGCCCUCUGGAUGCCAACGUCCAGGCGAGCAGUCCGAGCAAGGCCUAUCGCCGGCCAUACGGCCAGUCCAAGAAGGAGCAGGAUGCGCCGACUGGAGUCAAGCUGCAGACAUCGGUGGACUUGAAGAACAUCUUGAAGAACUCCGGCGGCCUAAGCCUGAGUGAGAUCCUGCAGCAAAAGAACCUCUCCCUGGACGACCUGCUCAAGGGAAAGCAGAAUGCCCUGCUGGCCCUCCAGACCACGGCCAUAGCCCCGGCCUCCUCCGCCCAGCCACAGGGGGAGACCCACAGGAAGCAGAGCCACCAGAGCAAGCAGGGAGUGCGCCGCCUGCCCCCUGCCUACCUUAGCAGCAGCAGCAGUAGCGCCACCAGCAAAAGCAGCAGCAACGAGAGCGACGAGGAGGAGUCAUUGAGGACCAGGGCCAAGUUUCCAACACUUCAGCGAUUGAAGCUCUUCGGCAGCUCUUCGCGGGAGAGCAGCACCACAAGGCGCACUUUGCACACUCUUGGCAGCACCGCCACCAGCACGGUCGGACCCAGCAGCAGUAGCACCACUCGCCUGCCGCUGUACAAAAAGAGGCAGCACAUGCGUUCCACCCUGAAACCUCCGGGGCUCUUCAAGUCUGCCACCACCAGCGGCAGCAGCAUCACCAGCAGCACGACAGCAGCAACCACCACUACGCAGGAGGUGGACACGAGCACGCCCAUCUUCACCAGCACCCUGGCCAACAGCAUUGAGGAGUCAGAGGAUCAGCAACCAGAACAGGAGCAGGAGCAGGACGAGCCUGAACCAGACUCGGUCGAAGUGGAGUCUGGGGAAUCCUCCCACACGGAGGCACCACUAGCACCUUCCCCAUCGCCGGCCAGCCCAGCCAGCACGGCCAGCACCACCAACAAUCCCAGAUACCGGCUGCGCACCGCCAGCAGCAAGGAGAGCCAAAAGCGGCUCAAGGACAACUUCAUUCACCAACACCACCACCACCACCACUACGAUGGAAAUGUUGUGGAGAGCAUCGAAGAUGUGCAGGUGGAUAUGGAUGCGGAGGGAGAAGUGGCGAAGAGCAACAGCACAGAAGCAGCAGCAGGAGAAGGAGGGGGACCACCGCAGCCAGGCAAUGCCAGUGAGGAGCUGAACUACAACGAUGAUGAUCUAGAGAACUUCUUCGACGAGGUGGAGAGCCACACGCACCACACACGAGUGCCCGCACCAGAACCAGCACCAUCUCAAGCCCAGAUUCCACUCGAACCACAACCGUCCACUGAAUCAUCGUCUGCACCAGCACAGCAGCCGCCAGUGAGUCUGGUGGACGACGUAGAUGAUCGCACCGAUCUCCUGGAACUGAUCGAGGAUCGACGCUCGGGGAACCGCCUGUUCAAGGUGCUCGAGCAGCGGAAUAUGACCCUCGAGGAGCUGAUCGAGCACCGAAAGCGCGGCUCCAGCCAGCUGCACCUGUCCACAAUCGUGAGCGGGGGCGAUGAGCACUCACGCUUCUACCCUGGCCAGAAGGUGGUGCUGCAGGACAACAUGGACAUUGUCACGGCCUUUGAGAACUUCCCCCACUUCAACCUGAUGGACCUGAAGAGCGUCAAGCCCGACGAAAUCAAGACGGACUCGCAGGGCUCCAGCUACUUCACCUCAAUCAUAGACAUCGAGCCGAACGACAGCGAGAAGCUCGGCAACCGAGGACCGGCCUAUGCACCGACAUCAUCCGCAUCCGCAUCAUCAUUGUCCUCAGCAGGAGUAUCCUUCAACGGCCAGCACAAGCAGCAGCAUUCACGCGGAGAGAAGUCGCUCGGGUUCUUCCCCUCGUGGAAGACGCUGGCUCUGGCCUCCCUGUCCACGGCGACCGAGGAGCGGAGUCCCUACUUUUUGCCACCGCCGCGACUGCUGCUCGAUGGAAACGGCAGUGCCCAGGAGGUGGAGGUGGACACGGAGCCGGAUGAGCAAGAGCCCAGCAGCAUCGACAUCGACCUGAGCGUGAGUCCCUACGGUGGAGCAGGAGGCGAAGGACUGAACAGUUCGCAGCUGGCCAACACCAAGCUGGCACCGAACGACAAUGUGAUCGAUGAGAUCGAAGAGGAGGUGGCCCGGGCUCACGAUCUUCUCGACCUGGAGCUCUCCGGUCCCGGAUUCCAUCGCAGUCCGGCAGCUGCGGCGGCCACCUCGGUGUCCCAACAGCAUUUGGGCACCCUAUACGCUAGUAUGCCGUCCGGCAUUCGGUCGGCGAUUGUGGCCAGUGCUGCCAUUGUGAUCACCGCACUGGCUACCUUCCUGGUGAUCUUUGUGGUCUGUCGCUGGAAGCAGCAUCGCCGACGCAAAAGCAGCUAUCUGAAGACCUACAACGCGAUGAAGAGCAAGCUUCCCCAGAUGGCCCAGACGGGCGCCUCGGCCUCGCGUCGCUCCUCGAUGCGCCACCACAUGGAGGAACUGGUCAUUGGCUCCAGCAGAGGAGAGGCGGCAGCGGCAGCGUCAUCGCCAUCGGGAGGCGGAGCCGCAGGAGGUGGAGCAGGAAUGGGCAUUGCGAGCAUCUCGACUGCCGUCUCCUGCUGCACGCCCGUCCACCAGCUCCAGCGGCAGAGCUCCAUGCUCUUCACACGCGACGGAUCGUCAACCUUGAGCACUGCCACCUCCCUGACCACGACAGCCGGGGCUGGUCCAGCGGGUACCACCGCGAGCGGUGCACCGCCACCCACAGCAGCGCUGUGUGGACGGUCCCAGGGAGCAGUGGCCAGUGGUAGCUCCAGUAGCUCGGCAUCCGCCUCGCUGGCCCUGUCGCUGCGCAGUGCUCACCAGAAGCUCAAUACCAUGGACCCCAACUCGCCGGAGGUGCAGGAGUAUCUCUUCGACACAUUGCGCAAAUCGUUCGAUUAUUAGGCUCUAGGCAGGCUCACUCAACUAUCGAAAGAGCGAUCACCGGCGAUAGGUUUUGCUGUUUAGGCCAAGUUUUAUACAUAUAAAUACAUCCACAGAUUCCCCACACGCACACACACACACCACACAGACACAUAUAUAUAUAUAUAUAUAUAUAUAUAUAGAGAGAGAGAGAGAGAUAGAGAGAAUACAAUUUAUAUGAUUAAUUAGAUUAGUUUAAGAAAAAAAGAAUGAAACAUUUUUUUUGUGGUCAAAUUUCGAGUAACCUAAACAUAGCAAAAGAAAAAAUACACACACACACACAUACAUAAACAUAUGUACAAUGCGUUACAUAGCUGUGGGACGGAACCCACUCGCAAGCCUAAGCUCCAAGCUCGAAUUUCUAAAAAAAAAAGAAGAGAAAACAGAGACAAAGCCCAUCACAAAGACAUCCCUCUCAACACUGUCUCAUGGCCAUGAACGCUUCUGUACUUUGUCUGUAAGCUCGGAAAACUGUCGUUUCGAACUACACCAGAUCUACGCAGCACUAUAGACCAUCAACUAUUGCGACUCCUUCGAGCAGGACAUACAUACAUAGGACACGGCAUUCCAAUGGGUUUCUAAAUCACCAAGCGAAAAAGUUUAUAGAUCGAAUAGAAGUAGCAAAGAAUCUUAGCCAGAUAAAAUACAGUACAGUUGUGUUCGCACGAUCCACAGCACAGAGCCCAAAUCGAAUACCAUAUAAGGAAAUUCGAGAAACCAAAACCAUUUAUGAGGACAAUAAAUAUUAAACGAACAAAAAUUAAGAGGAAUUAAAAUGAAAAGAAACGAAACGAAUCGAAAAGAAACACCUUCUUUGGCACUGACGAAAAAAGAAAAGAAACCAAAUUUUAAUACUCGAAUAAAAGAGGGAAUUUCAUAUUAGAUUGGGGCAAAUAUAUAGAUGGGUGUGGUCACAAGCACAACAACAACAACAACAACAACUAAAUCAACACUAAUAGUAUAAAUGUUCAGUGCACUGCAAGAACAAUAAGAGAAUUGAUUUAUUUUUUAGCUGCAGGCACUUUUGAUUUUGAUUUUCUCCAACCAGCCUCGACCCCACUUUCCAUGCCCCCUCCAUUCCCCCCAUCCACCCCCCGCUCACUCCAGAGUCCUAUACACUAGAAUAUCUGUCGACCGUACGAGUAUAUACAUAGAUAUACAAAUAAAUAUAAAAAUAUGUAUGUUUAAGAACGCUCAAAUAUGUAUGUAAAUAAGUUUGAAUUUGAUUUUUUUUGAGAAAUAAACUGUAGAGCAAACUGUG